AUGAAGUUUAUCUUUUUCUGGAUGCUUUUGAAUUUGUCUGUUGCUCUGGCCUUUGAUCCAGAUAUUACAAAAGGUGUCUCUACGCCCUACUUGGUCUACUUGAAAUCUGAUUACUUGCCCUGUGCUGGGGUCCUCAUCCACCCCCUUUGGGUGCUCACAGCUGCCCACUGCAACUUACCGAAGCUUUCAGUGAUGCUAGGAGUUUCAAACCCAUCAAAUCCCAAAGAAAAACAUGUCCAGGAGGUGGGCUUUGAGAAGAUGAUUCAUCACUCAGGCUUCUUAAUCACGGCUAUCUAUCAUGACCUCAUGUUAAUCAAGCUUAAACAAAAUAUCCAACUCAAUGAGUAUACAGCUCUGGUCAGCCUGCCUCGUGAACCGGCCCCAGAAAACAGCACGUGCAUGGUCUCUACCUGGGCCUACAGCAUCUGCGAAAUCACCAAGGAUCCUACCUCACUGCAACAUGUGAACAUCUCCGUCAUCUCCCCGAAUCAGUGCCGUGACGCCUACAAAACCCUCAGCAUCAAGGACAAUGUGAUGUGCGUGGGCAUCGUGCCCGGCAGGAGGCAACCCUGCAAGGAAGUCACGGCGGCGCCCGCAGUCUGCAACGGGACGCUUCAGGGCAUCCUGGCCAUGGCGGAUGGGUGUGUUUUGAGAGCAGAUGUGGGCAUCUACACCAGAGUCCUGAACUACGUGUCCUGGAUUGAAAACGUGAUCCAAAAUAACUGAGCUUUGGCGCAGGGAUUCUGGGCUGGGCAGUGCAGCCUGUCCCCAGUGCAGCCUCAGAAUUAACUCUAACAGGCUCCUUGGGUGGCACCACAGAUGUGUCUCGCUUCUGCUCGACAGUGGGGGGCUUUUCACACUGGUGCUGUGACUCUGCACGAGAACCUUCUUGCUGUUGAUGGAUGCAAGCCCAGCACCCCUUAGGCAGUGCUCACAGGCGGAGGGCUGCGUCUGGUGACCAUUUGACCUCUGCCUUACUGGAAGAGGGGCUACGUGAUAGCAUGUGGGGCGGCAGCACCCCAAAUGCUGCUGUCAGUGACACUUGCCAAUGGGUUCAAGGCGUCUCAAGGAGCGGGCUAAAGAGGACCGCGGGAGACAGAUGGGGACACACCAUUUGCGUUCUCCGGGUCCCCACAGGCUUGAUUCGGGUCAGUCAUUUUGCAGGAUCCUGGGGAAAGACUCGAGCUGUGGAGGGUCCCCGCAGAAGCCCACGGGCCAUGAUGGGGCCGAUGAGCAGGAGCCCAGCCCACGGCUCCCCCACAGGGUUUGCCUUUUCUGGGUGUCGGGUGUCACCAGAAGCGCGUUCCCCCCUCGGUGUCACGCUUGCGUUUUCCUUCUCUUUAUGUCUGCAGCUCUGUUAGCACCUGAAAGUCACAAC